AUGUCAUCGCCCUUUGAGGACCUGUUGGCCCGUAUCGGUGCGAGGAUCUCCCACCUGGACACCAACUACAGGCGCUCCAUCUCGGCUGCGGAGCGCCUGUCCAUCUGUCUCCAAUAUCUAGCCACAGGUGACUCAUUCAGGACCAUUGCGGACAGCUUCCGUGUUGAAGUCUCCACUGUCUCCAGAAUAGUGGAAGAUGUGGUCAGCGCUAUAUGGGACUACCUUGUGGAUGACUUCAUGUCUGUGCCCACAACAGAAGAGUGGAGGUCCAUUGCUGGGAGGUUUGAGGAGUGGUGGAACUUCCCUCUCUGCUGCGGAGCAGUGGAUGGGAAGCAUGUUGUGCUAAAGGCCCCAGCAAACUCUGGAUCUCAGUUCUUUAAUUACAAAGGAACUUAUUCUAUAGUUCUCUUGGCAGUUGUGGAUGCUGAGUACCAGUUCCGGGUCAUUGAUGUCGGAGGCUAUGGGAGGAGUAGUGAUGGUGGUAUUCUGGCCAACUCAGCCUUUGGUCAAGCACUGAGAUCUGGCACCCUCCAUUUGCCUGCUGACCUGCCCCUACCAGGAGCUGAGGACCGAGGACCACAGCCACGUUUUUGUUGCGGAUGA